AGCCCGGCGCUAGGACCCGGCCCGCGCGGUGCCAGCCCGGAUUCCAGGCUGGCUCCCGGGCGUGACGUCAGGCGCGGGCCCGCCUGGCUCCCGGCCUGCCCCGGCCUCGCGCUCGGGAAAAUGCUGCUCUCGGUGCCGCCGCGCUCCGGCCUCCCCGCCUUCGCCUACAACAAGAGCAGCAAGAAGCAGCCCUAUGUGCCGCCGGCGCAGCCGCUGGGCCCCCCCAGCCCCAGCCCUGCCGGGGGGGCCACGGACCAGCUCAGCAAGACCAACCUCUACAUCCGGGGGCUGCACCCCGGCACCACGGACCAGGACCUUGUCAAGCUCUGUCAGCCCUAUGGGAAGAUCGUCUCCACCAAAGCCAUCCUGGACAAGACGACCAACAAGUGCAAAGGCUACGGCUUUGUCGACUUCGACAGCCCCACUGCGGCCCAGAAAGCUGUGACGGCGCUGAAGGCCAGCGGGGUGCAGGCACAGAUGGCCAAGCAACAGGAACAGGAUCCCACCAUCUACAUCUCGAACCUGCCGCUGGGGGGUGGACGAGCAGGAGCCUGGAGGGCGCUGAAGCCCUUCGGGCAGGUGGUCUCGACCCGCAUCCUGCGGGACCCCCACGGGGCCAGUCGCGGUGUGGGCUUUGCACGGAUGGAGUCCACGGAGAAGUGCGAGGCCGUCAUCACCCACUUCAACGGGAAAUACAUCAAGACACCCCCGGGGGUGCCAGCCCCCCCUGACCCACUGCUCUGCAAGUUCGCGGACGGGGGGCAGAAGAAGCGGCAGAGCCAGGGCAAGUUUGUGCCCAACGGGAGAGCCUGGGCGCGGGACGGCGAUGCGGGCACCGUGACCUUGGCCUAUGACCCUGCAACUGUGCUGCAGAACGGGUGGGUGCCCCAGGGCCCCCGCCCAGGCCCCAGCGGGGGGUGGGGGCUGCCGGCCGCGUCCCCCCAGCCCCUGACCCGCCGCCCCGCAGGUUCUACCCGGGCGCCCUACGGCCUGGCCCCCAGCCGGAUGAUCGCCCCCACGGCCCUGGCCCCCUACCUGCCCUCCCCUGUCUCCUCCUACCAGGUCCACGGCCCCGCCUGGAUGCACCAGUCCUACCUCGUGCAGCCCACGGGCGCGGUGCUGGCCCCCGCUGUGGACCACGCCGUCCCCCUCCAGCCCUCCGUGGUGGCCCCCCUGGCCCAGCAGCUUGGCCACCUCUCGCUGGGCAGCACCGGCACGUACUUGCCUGCUGCCACCGCCGUCCCUGGAGCCUUCAUCCCACCGUACCCACCGGUGCCACCUGCCCUCCCCCUGGAGGACGGCAGCGCCGCGCCGAGCCACGGCCCCAUCGAGUCGCCGUCUGAGCCCGGCGCCUUCCCCUACCCCUACCCCAAGUAGUGGGGCGGGGGGGGGGGGGGGGAGGGGGGCAGCAGGAGGGACCCCGGACCCACUGGCUGCCAGGAGGGGCUGGGCCGGGACCCCCCCAACCCGGCACUGCCCCCCACCCCCACCCCCACUUCCCCCCUGCCGCUGCUGCCGCCUCGGGAUGGACCCGUGUCCCGACCGGGGGUCCAUGAACCUGGGGUGGUCCCCGUGCCGGGGGUCCCGCUGCUCCCACGGCGCCUCGCUGCCCCCCCUGCUGGGCGGCGCCCCCCCCCCCCCCCUCCCCCCCCCCCGGAGGG